AGAAAUUCUACGUUCAAACUUGUCAUCAACCGUUUUGGAGUUAAAGAAACUAGGUAUCGAUGACUUGGUCCAUUUCGAUUUCAUGGACCCACCAGCUCCAGAGACAAUGAUGAGAGCGUUGGAAGAACUAAAUUAUCUUGCCUGUCUUGAUGACGAAGGUAAUCUGACCGCCUUAGGUAGACUUGCAUCACAAUUCCCAUUGGAUCCAAUGCUGGCUGUAAUGCUAAUUGGUGCUUUUGAAUUCAAGUGUUCCCAGGAGAUAUUAACAAUUG